CCUAACCUAGUAUGACUGUCAGAUUGCGAAUAACAGUAUCAUUGCAUUGCAAAAUUUUAAAAAAUAGGUAUAUGCGGUGCAAUUUAAAAUUAUGGCUCAAGCAGUAGAUGAAUUGAUGCUUCUGGAAAGGGUGUUUCUGCGACUAGGCGCCGCGGAAACCGAUGAACAGCUGCAGAAUGUGCUUUGCAAAUUCUUGCCACCGGUACUUUUAAAGUUAUCUUCGCAACAGGGCGUGCGUAAAAAAGUUAUGGAACUGUUGAUUCAUAUAAACAAGCGAGUAAAGACACGACCCCAGGUCCAGCUGCCUGUAGAGGCACUGCUUACCCAAUACCAGGAUCCUUCGGCCACUUCUUUUGUUACAAAUUUCACUAUUAUAUACCUCAAAUUGGGUUUCCCGCGCUUGCCAAUUGAAAAACAAGCCGAGUUAGUGCCCACGGUGUUGAGCGCCCUAGAAAACAAACCCGUGUCUCACCUGGACAGUCUGCUUUUGCUACUGGUGCCCCUUUUGGGGAAAGUUAAGGUUCCGACGGAGCCCGAAAAAAUUUCCACACUGUUCGGUUUGCAUGAGAAACCGCAUAUUUCCAAGCACCUGCUUGAGAUUUUGUUGGACAUGCUCUUAUUGCCUUACAGUGCCGUGUCUUUACAAACUAACGACUCGGCGCCUGGUGUUUCAUUGCCUGUACCGGCCGGUAUGAGCGAAGCUUCUUAUAAGAGGGUUACAGCCAAUAACCCAAUGAAACCCGAGGAUUUGGAAGAAAUUAAGCUCGGAAUUGUGAAAUUCCUGGCUUAUGGUGUGUUCAAAAACGAAGACAUCUUGAUACAUUUGGUGGUGGCUGCAGCAGAUACUAGAUUCGGGGUGGCCAACUUGGCAGAUAUGGAAUUGAAAAAAGUUGUGGGAUCAGUAGAUUGGAGCUUGCCCACCAUAUCCCAGCCCCUUUUCACACUGUUCUUGGGUACAAAACCCUCCAAACCAGAACAAGUGAAAGUGCCGGCCAACACCAGGAUUAGGUUAAAGCUUCUCACUUAUUUAUGCAAAGUUACUGGCGCGGCUUUCACUUUCCCGGCCAGCAUACAAGUGAUAUUUAAUUCUUUGUACGGGGAAAACACCAAUACGAGACUUAAAACUCUCGCCUUAAACUUCACCGAUAACCUGAUAAGAUAUGCGGUUGGCGACUCGGUGGGUAAAGUAGCUCCCGUACUGCUCGCGGGUUUGCAAAAGCUUGUCAAGGAGGGGGAAGAGGUGCACCAAAGUCAGGCUUAUAUCGUUACCGGGAAGCUUGCUCAGAAGUUCCCGGAAGUAGUGUUCCACGAUGUCGGAAUACUGGAGCUCUACUUUACCAACCUGGAAACUGCCGCUCAGGAAAUGAAGAUUCAAAUACGCGAAGGCCUGUUAAGUCUAAUCCAGGCGUACAAACACGACAUCUUUAGCAAGGAAUGCGACAAGGACGGCCGCCUCGACAUACUGUUCGCCCUGGUGAAGGUUAAAAUGAACUCCCACGAACCCGUGGUGAGGUUCGUCGGCGUGCGAACCCUGGCGACUAUUUUCCCCCCAAGCCACGUGCCUUCCAAGUUUCUAUUGCUGGUUGCGACCGGCGACAGUGCCGGCGACGUGUCUUCGGAGGCCUUCAAGGCGAUUUAUGGGACGGCGAGAAAGAACGACAUAGAUUUCGCUAAGGAUGGUUCGAAAGGCGUCACGUUAUCGUUCGAGGAACUGACGAAGCACGUCGUCAACGAGGCCGACGCGAACAUGGCGGACAAAUCGAAAGUGGUGAACUUUGGCAACCACGCGUUGCCGUUUGACGUUCGCACGUACGCCGAGAUUGUGCUCUAUUUGCGCCUGUGCUUGAUCAAUACCCUAGACGUCCCGCUAACUAGGGAGGUUUUGAGGCACCCCUGCCAGUAUACGCCGAUAAUUACCAAACAUUUGCGGGACGUUUACGCCGGAAACGGCGAAAGGGCAAACGCCCUAAGCCAAUAUGGUUCUUUGUUGAGGAAGUUGCUUUUGGCCAAUCCAGCCUUAGAAAGUUUCUGUUCGACGAUCGAGUUGGUCGGCAGCGUACCUCAACUACGACUAAUGUCAAACGACUUGACGUGGAUACGCGACCAGCUGAGUUCGACGAGGGAGGAGCUUAGAGAAUGUUGCGCGGUUUUGUACGCGUUGGUACUUCCAGACUCUGAUCUGGACAUCGCCGUCGGUUCCUUGCUAAAUCAGGUGACCUCGAAAAGUUUGGAAGCGCAACAGGGAGCCUUGUUGGCCGUGGGCUCGUGUUUGGAGACGCACCUCUUGAAAAGCAGACGCGACAUCUCUAAUCAGAAGCGGGAUCUGGUCAAAAAGUUUAUCUUCGAAACGGUGCCGUUUUUGAAGCACGCCAAUCAGUUUCUGGUUGGUGCUGCCUGCACGACCUUGGGCCUCGUCGCCAGGGUUGCCGGUUUGCCGUUGGACGACGGUAAGCCGGUUAAGGUUGGCAGCCCGGACGCAAAAAAGCCGGCUAUAGAUGGCGUGACGAAGAUCGACAUCGUCGAGAGGUUGUUGGAUGUCAUGAAUAAUAACAAAUUGUCCGCAAAGGUUAGGGAAAGGGCGGCAAAGUCGUUGGGUUUGCUUUGUGUCGGGGAACGGUUUCCCCAUACCAGGGAGGUGCUGCAAGGGCUGUUGGAUACUGCCAAAGAGACCAAAGACGUGGAAGUUCAUUUUACCAUCGGCGAAUCGUUGGUAAUGUGCUGUCAGAGUGUGUGGUCGCCCGAGGCGAGGAACGGGUGGGACACGUCACCACAAGACUACGCCCCCGACGACGUCGGUCCCAUGCCCGACGACGAUCUCGAUUGGUUACUAAACGAACUGUUCUCGUUGGCCAAGCAAACGCAUCCGAAUUCGAAACAGGCGUCUUGCAUUUGGCUCCUGGCCUUAAUUAAGGGUUGCGGGGACAGGGGUCCCAUUUCUAAGCAGAUACCCGCCCUGCAGAACACCUUCAUGGAUUUCCUUUCGCAAAAUAACGACAUAGUGCAGGACGCCGCUUCCAAGGGCCUGUGCGUCCUCUACGACACAUACAAGUCUCAAGACUUGCUAACCGCCCUCGUGAAGCAACUUACCUCGGGCACUAGGAACGUCUCUCAAGUAACCAGCGAUACGAAAUUAUUCGAGGAGGGCCAAUUGGGAACCGCCCCCACAGGGGGCAACCUGACUACUUACAAGGAGCUGUGCUCGUUAGCAUCGGACUUGAACAAGCCGGACCUGAUAUAUCAGUUUAUGCACUUAGCUAAUCACAACGCUAUUUGGAAUUCGAAAAAGGGGGCGGCGUUCGGCUUCUCGAGCAUAGCCGAGAAAUGCGGGGAAGAUUUGAAAGCGCACAUGGCCGCCAUAAUUCCGAAACUAUAUCGUUACCAAUACGACCCGACGCCCGGUAUACAGGCCUCGAUGCAGAACAUAUGGCGGGUGCUCGUGUCCGAGCCACAGAAAAUGCUCGACGAGUAUUACAACGAAAUACUCAAAGACCUCCUAGAUAACCUCAAUUCCUCCCAAUACAGGGUCCGUCAGUCGUGCUGUCUCGCUUUGCAAGACUUCCUCAAGGGUUCGGCGAAUAGGUCUAUCCACGACGCGGUCGAUUCCAUGGACGAAAUAUGGACCAAGUUGUUCAGGGUGAUGGACGAUCACCACGAAGCCACCAGGUUGGCCGCCACCAAGACCACUAGAGUUUUGAGCAAGUUGUGCAUAAGGGGUUGCGACAUAAGUCAGGGCAAGGCCGGCGUUAAAAUGGUGGAAGCGAUUUUGCCGUCGUUGCUGAACGUGGGAAUCACCCAUACCGUGACGGAAAUUCGUCUAAUUAGCCUCAGUACGGUAUCUGAGCUGGUAAAUUCUGCGGGAAAGCAACUCAAACCAUUCCUGGCCAAGCUUAUUCCGGCCCUGCUUCAGGCGACGGGGGAGCUCGAGUCCGUGAAGCUGUCCUACUUGAGCACGAUGAUGGGUAAUCAGACGCACAUGCAGGAGGCGAUAGACAACGCGAGGGCCUCGAUGGCCAAAUCGCAUUUUACCAUGGAUACAGUCUCAAAGAGUUUGCAAUAUGCUGAUAAUUCCAUUCUGGAAGAAUUGGUGCCCAAGACGAUCGACCUUAUGAAAGGAUCGGUGGGCUUGGGGACGCGAAUCGCGUGCGCUCAUUUCAUCACGAUGCUGGUGGUACAGUUGGGCAAGGACGUGCAGCCCUACGCCGGCAAGUUCCUCGCUGCACUGGUUAACGGUCUGACCGAUAGGAAUGCAGCGGUAAGGAAGCACUACGCUUCCGCCAUUGGUCACCUGGUGGGUUCCGCCAGGGAGUCCAGUUUGGAGAAACUGUUCGAUAAACUGCGAGAUUGGUACCUGGAGAGAGAAGAUGACACGAUCCGAUCCGCCUGCGCCCAGACGGUCCAAUCGAUAGGCAUUCACAACCAGGAGGUGUUGAAGGCGCAUUCGGAAGUGAUCCUGCCGCUGGUGUUCUUCGCGAUGCACGCGGAGAAAACGUCAGAGACCGAGAACACUUUGGACACGUGGACCGAGAUCUGGUCGGAACAUAGUCCCGGGACCGAGGCCGGGAUCAGGCAGCACAUCGGCAGGAUAUGCGAGGUGCUGAGGAACGGGCUGGAAUCUGCGUCGUGGACGACCAAAGCUCAGGCUGCGAACGCGGUCGCUACGGUGGCAAACAAGUUGGGUACCGGCAUGGAAUCGGAGCACCGCAACGCCCUCUUGAAAAUACUGCUGACCGGACUGUCAGGCCGCACGUGGAGCGGUAAAGAUAAGCUGCUGAAGGCGCUGACUAGUAUUUGCUCGAAUUGCAAGGACGCGAUAAAAGCGGACAACGAGGUGAACCCGUCGGAGAUAGUGGACGCCAUAUUGAAGGAGAGCAAGAAGGACGAGAUUCUGUAUAAGAAAAGCGCCCUCGAAUGUCUGGGCGAGGUGUUGACCUCGUUCGAAAUGGACGCGUUCGAACGGGUCUACCAUAUCAUCCAGCCGGUGCUGAGCAGGGUGGACGUUAAACCGGAAGAAGACGACCCGGGGGCAGAAGAAACGUCCAAGUACCGCGAGAACUUUAUCAGACUGAAGGAAACCAGUUACGAAACGUUGGGCAAGGCGUGGCCCGCGAACGGGACCGACACCCAGGAGAAAUAUGGCGGCAUGUUCGCGGACCAUAUCAGGGACACCUUGCCUUGCGUCACCAGGACCGUGCAAGUCAGUAUGAUGUCCGCGUUGUACGGUUUCGUCGACAAGUUGAUACUGCUGAAGAAAGAUGGCGGUCUAACGAGCGGCGAGACGAAACGUCUGGCCGACAUCGAGGACGCCAUUUUGGAAGCGGUGAAGUAUUCGUUGAGCAUCUCGAAGCACACGAAAAUGAAGAAGGAGGCGCUGAACGUCGUGUUCUGUCUGUGCACGAGGUUGAAGGACAAACGGCUAGACGUCGAACUCGGUCGUUUGAGGGAGACGUUCGACGCGGCGUUGCCGGAUUUGGAAAACGACAGGCAGCCGGAAAUCAGGUCCCGCGUUACCGAUAUCAAGAAAUUGCUGAACUGAGACGUUUCGUUUGUCGCAAAUGGAAGUUUUUUUUAAAGUAUUUUUCUUAUUUUCGAUACGAUUGUGAUUUUACGUGGCGCCGCGACGCGUCCGACGCCCGAACGGGUUUUAUCGAAAUAAAUAUCGUUUUCGCUCGGU